GCCCGCGGCGUCGCCGUCGUCUCGGUGCUGCUCACCCUCAUCUAUGUCACCUUCUGCCUGGAGACUGUGCCGGAGUUCCGGGACCGGCCGGCCGAGCUCCGGGGCCCCGCCGCUCAGGCGCAGCCCCCUGGGACUCUGGCGGACCCCUUCGUUGUCACUGAGACCACUUGUGUCAUCUGGUUCACCUCUGAGCUCCUGGUGCGCUUCUUCGCCUGCCCCAGCACCAAGUUCUCCAAGGACUUCAUGAACUUCAUCAAGGUGGUCACCAGUACCCCUGACUUCCUCCCUCUGGGCACCCAGCGUCAGGAGCAGCAGAAGGGCGAGCAACCUGGAAGCAGUGGAGGCCAGCAGCAAGCCAUCUCCUUGGCCAUCCUGUGGGUCAUCUGCCUGGUCAGGGUCUUCAGGACCUUCAAGCUGUCCAGGCACUCCAAGGUGCAAAUCUUGGGGCAGACAUUGAAAGCUAGCAUGAGGGAGCUGGGUCUCCUCAACUUCUUCCUUUUCAUUGGUGUGAUUCUCUUCUCUAGCAUGGUGUAUUUUGCAGAGGCUGAUGAUCCUGAAUCCUAUUUCUCCAGCACCCCUGAUGCCUUCUGGUGGGCUGGAGUCACCAUGACGACAGUGGGGCAUGGUGUUAUGAGGCCUAUCACAGUAGGUGGAACGAUUGCGGGCUGCUUGUGGGCCAUUGCUGGAGUGCUCACCGUUGCCCUGACUGUCCCCGUCAUUGUGCCCAAGUUCAACUCCUUCUGCCACAGCGAGACUGACCAUGAGAACCCCCUUCUCCAGCAUGACUCUGGUAGCAUUCAGGGCAGCUCGGCUGGAGGCGUGAAGAGGCAGCCCAGUAAAAACUCCAGCCAGUCAGUGGUGUGCUUGGAACGUGUUGAUGGGAUCCCCAGCGGGACCAGGUCUGUGGGGAAGGCCAAGAUCAAAGCCAAAAGUAGUGUAGAUCUUAGAGAAUCCCUCUAAGCACUUUGUCUGGAUUUCAGCAGGGAAACUGAUUUGUAA